UGCCUCCCGACGGACGCCCGCCGCGCCUUUGGGUCCGGAGUUGUUGGGCUGUUGCGGGCGCGUUGGAGGAGGGAGGGCAGAGCACGCGUCUUCCCCAGGGCGGCUUCCCCACCUCUUCUUCGCGGCUAAGGGGGCUCGGCGAUUUCCCGGGCAGCCCCAUGAAGAAGCCGCCCCUUGGCUUGGCCUCGUAGCCCGCUUUGCGGCGCCAGCCCCGGCCGCCUUUCGCCAUGAGCUGUCUGGAUGUUAUGUACCAAGUCUACGGUCCUCCUCAGCCUUACUUCGCAGCAGCCUACAGUCCUUACCACCAGAAAUUAGCCUUUUACUCGAAGAUGCAGGAAGCCGCCGAGAGCGCCAGCACCAGCGGCAGCAGCAGCAGCAGCUCCUCCUUCUCCAACCACGCCGCCCCGGCCAGCAUCAAGGAGGAGGAGUGCAGCCCGGAGAAAGAGCGCCCCCCCGAGGCCGAGUACAUCAACGCCAGGUGUGUCUUGUUCACCUACUUCCAAGGGGACAUCAGCGCCGUGGUGGACGAGCACUUCAGCCGAGCCCUCAGCCAGCCCAGCAGCUACUCGCCCAGUAGCGCGGGCCUCAAGGCCGUUGCAAGGAGCUCCGCAGCUUGGAGAGAGGGAUCUUUUCCUAUGAACCAACGUAGUUUCCCACCCUCUUUCUGGAACAGCACUUACCAACCUUCUUCUGUGCCUGCCUCUUUGGGCAGCUCACUGGCAGCUGCUGCCCACAGUGAACUGCCCUUUGCUACAGCGGACCCUUAUUCUCCGGGCUCACUGCACAGCCACCUUCAUCAGGGGCCUCCAGAGCCUUGGCACCCAGCUCACCAUCAUCACCACCAUCAUCACCACCCGUACAUUGGCACACAGAGUUCUGCUUACCCUCGGCCCGCCACAGUGCAUGAGGUCUACAGCCCACAUUUUGACCCUCGCUAUGGUUCGCUGCUGGUGCCUGCUGCUUCUGUGCGUCCCCACCGCCUCACUCCUGCCUCAGUGCCCACUCCAGUCAGCCCUCAGUGUGAGCUAGGCAAGAAUGAGCCUGCCACAUCAUCAUGGACAACGCCAGCUCCUUUUGCUGGUCCUGCAGGAGAGAUGGCGCAGAGCUUAGGGCUGAAUGUAGAGACAGGUUUGCAGCCUCAGGAUAAAAGCAAAGAUCUCUACUGGUUUUAGAUCUGCCUUCCCAUCGUGACUUCUCCUCUAGUCAAACUUUUGUCUAUGUAAGAGUGGGUAUACAGAGCCAAAAUCAAGUCAAUUUGUAACAGCUUCUGAUCUUGGUUUUCAGCUCACCAUUAUUCCUACUGUGCUGGAUCACUCCUGAGCUGAGCUGCUGAUUAUAACCCUCCCUUCCUACACACAAAUUCUUGCCUCACUCUUUUGAUAUCAGCAUCUCACAUCGAGACAAGAAAAGGGAAAAGGCUAAAAGCUUCUUCAGUUUGACAUUUCUUCUCCUAAAAUGGCAAAAUUGACAGCUUCACUUUCAGAAGAACUGAGUAAAAUGAAUGUGGAUGUGAAAAACACUGACUUUAGGAUACUGAAGGGUUUGUUAAUAUUAGUGAGGACAUAAAUCAUACUUAUCAUUUGCCAUUUAAAAAAAGCUGUUUGGAAGCAGCAUGGAAGAUAUUCAAGUAUUGUGAAUGAAGCAAAGUAAUUCUAAACUCUUAAACACAUUUGGGACAUUUUUUUAAAAAAAAAAGGUUGGAUUUUUCUGACUUCAGCGUGGUGAUGAGUGGCAAGUGACUAGUGGGGCCACCUGCCCCUAGGCUUACACGAAUGCAGCUGUUCAAGAGACAACUGUUCCAACUCUAAGAACUUGACAAUCAAGGUGGCCCUUCUCUGAGUUUGGCACAAAAAUUGCGUAGGAUAAUACUUAUAUACAUAGUUGUAUAUAUAAGUUUUUUAUACAAAAACAUUUAUGAUGAUAGAAAAUAUCCUUUAAAAAACUCUUCCAGCUUUUAGGAGAAACAACUGGAGUGAGUGGGAGGGGAGGACUAAUGGGGUGGACAAUAGGCUUCAUUUCAUUGAAUGUUCCCUUAUGACUUUUUUUAGUAACCAGGAGAUGGUCUCUCCUCUCUCUCUCGUUUUGAAAAGGAUAUACAGUGUAAGAUGUGUUUAUUUGUAGGGAAGAUGAUUAAAAAUGUCUCCUUUAACUUUUGAUUGCAUUUAUUUUAUGAAGUAGAGGGUGCAGAUUUCAGAUGUCCAUUGGGAAUCCCUAUUGUCCCUACAUGUUAAUUUAAAAAUUCCAUUUACUUGCUUAACAUUGAUUUAGAAACCAUCUGGAUCAAAUCAAAUAGCAAAUUAGUUCACUAUCUUGUUUCCCUUCAUGACAAAACCUACAGAUGAACAGAUAACAAGCCAUAAAUAGAAUAUAGAGAUGCAAUAACCUCUCCUCUUAUCUUUAAGCAACUGCUCCUCCAAGAUAUGAUGCUUCUGAUUCUGUUGGUGACAUAUAAGCAUCCUGUUUAGUAGCAACUGACUGUCUUGUCAUUUCAUUUCAUUUAUUCAAUUUAGGCACUACCUGACUCCAAAAUAAUUCUAGAUAUACAAUAAAACCAAACAAAAUAGGAAUAUACAUUAUAUUAAAAUUAUAAAGUACAAAGGAAUAAGAAGGGGAAUUUAAAAAACAACAACCCAAGAACAGAUGGUGUUUUUACCUUAAAACGUAUCCAAUAAGGGACAUCAAUAACCAUACCCCAAGGCCUGGGAGAACAUUCAAGUGUUCAAGGCUUUUUGGUAAGCUAUCAGAAUGGGGUCACCUGGGCAACACAGGAGAUAUAAUCAUAUAAUUAUAUCUUAUAAUCAUAUAAGAUAUAAUCAUAUAAUCUGGCUUUUUAUGCCAUGUAGGACUUUAUAGGUCGCAAGCAGCAUCUUGAAUGACAGUUGGAACUAAACUGGCAAUCAGUGCAACUCAGGAAUCAGCGGUGCCACGUGGACAUACCUAGUCAUGUGCAUUAUUGUCCAUGCCACUGCAUUCUGUUGACGCUUCCAAAUGGUUUUCAAAGGGAGAUCUAUGUGCAAGACAUGAAUGACUUCUCUUCCUGAUCCA